UCAGUCCUGCUGUCCCUGGGCCAGCCAAUCCUAGUGUCCAUCCCCCAGUCAGUCCUGCUGUCCAUGGCCCAGCCAAUCCUAGUGUCCGUCCUCCAGUCAGUCCUGCUGUCCCUGGCCCAGCUAAUCCUAGUGUCCGUCCCCCAGUCAGUCCUGCUGUCCAUGGCCCAGCUAAUCCUAGUGUCCGUCCUCCAGUCAGUCCUGCUGUCCCUGGCCCAGCUAAUCCUAGUGUCCGUCCCCCAGUCAGUCCUGCUGUCCAUGGCCCAGCCAAUCCUUGUGUCCAUCCCCCAGUCAGUCCUGCUGUCCCUGGCCCAGCCAAUCCUAGUGUCCAUCCCCCAGUCAGUCCUGCUGUCUCUGGCCCAGCCAGUCCUAGUGUCCAUCCCCCAGUCAGUCCUGCUGUCCCUGGCCCAGCCAAUCCUAGUGUCCAUCCCCCAGUCAGUCCUGCUGUCCCUGGCCCAGCCAAUCCUAGUGUCCGUCCCCCAUCAGUCCUGCUGUCCCUGGCCCAGCCAAUCCUCGUGUCCGUCCCCAGUCAGUCCUGCUGUCCCUGGCCCAGCCAAUCCUAGUGUCCGUCCCCCAGUCAGUCCUGCUAUUCCUGGCCCAGACAAUCCUAGUGUCCGUCCUCCAGUCAGUCCUGCUGUCCCUGGCCCAGCCAAUCCUAGUGUCCAUCCCCCAUCAGUCCUGCUGUCCCUGGCCCAGCCAAUCCUAGUGUCCAUCCCCCAGUCAGUCCUGCUGUCCCUGGCCCAGCCAAUCCUAGUGUCCAUCCCCCAUCAGUCCUGCUGUCCCUGGCCCAGACAAUCCUAGUGUCCGUCCUCCAGUCAGUCCUGCUGUCCCUGGCCCAGCCAAUCCUAGUGUCCAUCCCCCAGUCAGUCCUGCUGUCCCUGGCCCAGCCAAUCCUAGUGUCCAUCCCCUAGUCAGUCCUGCUGUCCCUGGCCCAGCUGCUCCAGGUGUCCGUCCCCUAGUCAGUCCUGCUGUCCCUGGCCCAGCUAAUCCUAGUGUCCGUCCCCAGU